CCGCCCCCCACGCGUCGUGUCGCCGGGAAGCCGGGAGGAGACAGAGCGCUCGGGCUCCACGGCGCUCGGCCGGCCCGCAGUCCUCUGACCGCGCGGAGCGGAGCCAGGUGGCGCCGCCCGAGCCCAGAGCCGCGACCCACCCCGGCCGCCUUUGUCUGGGAGCGUGUGGCCUGGAACCGCCGCUCUCGGGGGCCGGGCACGCGCCCACCGCGGUCGGUGACAGCUCGUCCCUCUCGGAAGGCUCCGGGACCGAGGGGCGGGCGGGCCGGGCCCUGCUCGCUCGCGCCUGCACGCCCGAGCGCGCGCACCGAUGCCCCCGCAGCAGGGGGACCCCGCAUUCCCGGGCCGUUGCGAGGCGCCGCCCGUUCCGCCGCGCCAGGAGCGCGGGGCGCGCGGGGGGCGCGGGCCCGGGGCGCCGGGGGGCCGGGGGCGCGCGGGCGGUGCCGAGGGGCGCGGCGUCAAGUGCGUGCUCGUCGGCGACGGCGCCGUGGGCAAGACGGUGAGCUACACCACCAACGGCUACCCCACCGAGUACAUCCCCACCGCCUUCGACAACUUCUCGGCGGUGGUUUCUGUGGACGGACGGCCUGUGAGACUCCAGCUCUGUGACACUGCCGGGCAGGAUGAGUUUGACAAACUCAGACCCCUCUGCUACACCAACACGGACAUCUUUCUUCUGUGCUUCAGUGUGGUGAGCCCCUCAUCCUUCCAGAACGUCAGUGAGAAGUGGGUGCCCGAGAUCCGAUGCCACUGUCCCAAAGCCCCCAUCGUCCUCGUUGGAACUCAGUCGGAUCUCAGAGAAGACGUCAAAGUCCUCAUUGAGCUGGACAAAUGCAAAGAGAAGCCGGUGCCUGAAGAGGCAGCUAAGCUGUGCGCCGAGGAGAUCAAAGCCGCCUCCUACAUCGAGUGUUCAGCCUUGACUCAGAAAAACCUCAAAGAGGUCUUUGACGCGGCCAUUGUCGCCGGCAUUCAGUACUCAGACACUCAGCAACAGCCAAAGAAGCGCAAAAGCAGGACUCCUGACAAAAUGAAAAACCUCUCCAAGUCCUGGUGGAAAAAGUACUGCUGUGUCGUAUGAUGUUGGCAAGAAACCCGGAAAAGGCAGUUUUUAGAUGAAGCCGAUAUUAGAAGCUAUAUUAGCUGACGUGACUCCUUUUAUCGUGUAGAACCUGGAGAGGAAACGCGUGUGUAUGUGUGUAACAGGUGGAGCUCUCAGUUUAUGUAUUCUUUCUUGCCUUCGACGUUUUUGUUUGUUUCAGCUUAGGGACCAGCCAAUUAUGCAAGAUAUUUCUGAAGGGAGUUGAGCAAUGUUCCUAACUCCGGAAAAGUAGAGCUCAGAGACCUCGGGAUUAAUUUAUAGCUAAUAUGAAAGAGACCCGCUCGGAUGUGGGUGUCAAGGAUGCGACUUGGCCGCGUUAUGAUGCACAGAAGGACCAACGGCGAAAUGGUGUGGUCGACCCUCCCUUGAUUAAGGGCUACUCGAUGCAAGGACGUUCCGUACGCGGGCCGGCCAGGGAGCACCCGUCAGAAUUGCGUUUCAACGUCCACACAUUGCCCCGCCUGCAGGGAAGUGAACAUUCUUGAAGGGCCUGCAGCAAAUGUUUGUAGGAGACAAAAUGACCUUUAUUUCCCUUAAUUCAGCCAAAAUGUGUACACACACACACACACACACACACACGCACACACACGCACACGCGCACGUACGUACGGCUAUAUUUGCUGCUGAUUCAGACUUUUAAACGGUUAAUGGGAAAAAGCACGGCCACGAAAAAACAGAUAUGAGGGAAGCUCAGGUUCCUGCUUUUGUGACUUUUUUGAACAGCUCUCUUUUUGAUGAUACCCUACUCAGAGAUGGGAUUUUAACUACGUCUCGACGCAUCUUUGAGGCCACCUGAAAACCAAACGUGAACAUCUCUUGAAAUCUGUGUUAAAAUGGGUGUCUCUUGAAACCCGUUACGACAACCAGUGAAGUCCACAGAUGCCUUUCGGGGACCUGGCAGCAGGGCCCGGCACUGUGUGUCACCGGGCUCGUGGGGCUGGUCUGCUGCGGCCGGCCGGGGGGCGGUGGGGUGGGGGGGGGGUGGACCACAGCCCCCUCGAGAAGCUGCAUCCUUCCUGUGGGACAGCCAGAAAACCAUAUGCCUGUGAACCAUUUGUGUUCUUCAAGGUGGCAGAUUUUUAGAGCUUAGUCUUCUGGAGAAAACAAGUGCCGUAUCAGAAGAAUAGUUUUCCUUUGUGAUGGCGGUGCUUCCGAAGUGCCAAAAAAGGUAGCCUGGCGCGUUGAAUUAUCACGUCCGGCUGCAGUGGGUGACACAGAUUCACCAAAGUCGGCUCAAAAACUAGGCAAAAGCUCUGCAGAGCCAGCGGAGAGAAGCGUCUCCUCUUUCCGUGGGUCUUGCGUUGUCUUUUUUAUAUUUAAAAAAAACUAAUUUGUGUUUUUCUAUGGAAGAAAUAAAAGAUUGGGACGGGGUUUCUUUCACCUCUGUUAGUAAAUCAAAUUAACGGAUUUCCUUGUUUGAAAAUUAAAACACAUGGGUUGUUUGC